GAAGAAUCUAAAAACCUAACCUUCCUUCAAUUUGAUGGAAAUAAAUAGAUCAAAUUUAAAAAUGAAAAUUGUAAAAAAUGGCUGUAAAUGCUGUAAUGUACUUCCUUAUUAUACUUAGCGUUAUAUUAUUCUUCCAGGGAUUUUUUCCAGUAUCUCAUCCCAAUUUAAAUAUCGAUAAUGAGCCUCCUAGUGAAAUACAGAACAUACAUUUGAAUAAAAAUGAUCUUUAUGGAUCCAAUAUCACUAAAACUGUUCUUAUAGUGGUUGAUGCUCUGCGCUUGGAUUUUGCUACACCUAAUUACAUGCCUUUAACAUCACAGUUAGCCCUUGAAAGUGGUUGUUUCAAUAAAAUUAAAGUAGAAACCCCCACAGUGACUUUACCACGAAUUAAAGCUCUAACAGCUGGUAAUAUACCCCAAUUCAUAGACUUGGUUUUAAAUUUAGCAAGUACAGAAAUCCUGAGUGACAGUAUUAUUCACUCAGCUGUUAGAGAUAAAAAGAAAGUCAUUUUUUAUGGUGAUGAAACAUGGCUUAAACUGUUUCCAAAUAAAUUCUUGAGAUUUGAGGGGACUAAUUCAUUUUUUGUAAGAGAUUUUGAAGUUGAUAAAAAUGUUACAAGAAAUGUUCAUGUAGAACUGAACAACGAUGAUUGGGAUAUAAUGAUUCUUCACUAUUUAGAUUUAGAUCACAUUGGACAUGUUUAUGGACCUUUUUCGUCACUAAUACCUAGGAAAUUGGAUGAAAUUGAUAAAAGAAUCUAUAAUUCUUAUAAAACCAUUUCUUUAAAAUAUCAAAAUGCUCUUUUCCUUGUUACUGGAGAUCAUGGAAUGAAAGAUAGUGGUGGACAUGGAGGUUCAACAUAUUCAGAGACAAAUGUGCCUCUUUUAAUACUUGGGUUGAAAUGUAAAAACAAUUCUUUUCCUCAAACUGAUAUACCAGUAAAUUUAGCAGUAUUAUUAGGAUUGAGAAUACCAUCAAUUUCAAUUGGAAGAGUACAAAAAAGUAUGAUACCAUAUUCUUUAGAAAAGUAUCUGUAUAUCCUGUAUUAUAAUUCAUUUCUAUUAAGUCAAAGACAUUCUUGUAACAAUUCAUUAAUGGAAGCAAAUGGUUAUUAUAUCGACUAUCUAAGAAAUUCAAAUGAAAGUAGUGCUUAUAAAGCUGUAGAAUUGUAUGAAAACUGUUUAAAAGAAAUGACAAAUAUUUUAUCUAAAAGCUCAAUUAAACAAAAUUUUCAUUAUUUAUUGAUAUCCUCAAUGGUAAUGUUAAAUUGCUUGAUUACAUUGUGUUUAGAACUAAAGUCAAAUGAAAGUAAAGCUGUGAUUUUUAAGUAUGUGAUGGUGCUUUUUGUUGCUGUUCAGUAUAUGGUAGAUCAAGUAUUAAUUUCUUUUCUAACAACUAUUGUAUUACUGCCAGUCCUUUUAAAGAAUAUUUAUGCAUUAAUUAAGUCACUGAAUUUGUCAAUAUUUUCAAAUAUUUUGAAUUAUUUUGUAUUUGGUUGUGUAGUACACCCAUUGACUUUUUUAUCUUCGAGUUAUGUGGAAGAAGAGCAUCUGUUUUGGUAUUUUUUAAACAUAUCAAUCCUAUUUUUCCUACUUUCAAAAACCAAAAAAGCUGUAGAAAUGUUUUUCUACAUUAUGUUUUUGGUAAGCUUCAGAUUUAUUCGAAUAAUGAAUUCAACAGGUGAUAAAUGGGCAAAUUAUCCAGAUUUAUCUGAUUGGUUUUUACAAAAUGAAAAUAUUGUUUAUUAUCAACUUUUCUUUAUUUCAAGCUUAAUCCUAGUCUUUCUAACACAUUGUUAUUUAACAAGAUUUAAAAAUCCAUUUCAAAUCUUUUUAUACUUUUUCAUUUUGAUUUUAAUUUUUGUAUUUAAACAGAACGAGACCAGUACAUUGUUGGCAAAGUUCAUCUGGUUACUUAUUUUUGUAAAUUUUAUUUCGGCAAAAUUUUCAAAUAUAUCUACAUGGAUACUAGUUCUUUCCUUGCUUCUAAAACCAUUUAAUUUAAUUUUAAUUCCUUAUUGUAUAUUCUCAAGUUUGCAUUUUUCCAAAUAUUUCAAAAAGACUGAACUUUUAGUUUUAUAUCACACAUUUUUGAGUAAUAUGUUAUUUUUUGCACAGGGUCACAGUAAUAGUUUGGCAAGUGUUGAUAUAUCUGUGGGAUACAUAGGUUUAACUUCUUAUCAACCAGUACUUGUUAUUGGACAAGUGUUGUGUCAUACACAAGCAUUCCCAGUACUCUGCCAUUUAUUAAUAUUUCAUCAUGGAAUUACCGAUGGAGUGAAAGUAUGGAAAAUAUUGUUUUCCAAUAGAUUGUAUAUUUUUAUAAUUAUUUCCAUUAUAACUUUCUUGUUUAGACACCAUUUAUUUAUUUGGUCAGUUUUUGCACCAAAAUUAUUUAUCGAGUUUGUACAAAUGUUAUUUUUAUAUUUAGAAUAUUGUUUAUAUCAAAUUCAAAAACUUGUACAGAUUUUAUCAAAAGACCUACAAAAAUAUGUCAUACAUAAAAUAUUAUUUAAUAAAGAUUUAGGGAUUCAAUGUUUGGUAUCAAAAAUAAAC